AUGGCAAGCUUGAGGAACAAAGGAGAAAAAGGUAGCAAGGCUGCAACUGGAAUUGUUCCCGAGAUGCUGACUGAGGAAAACUACGAGGACUGGAAAGUUUGCUUGAAACAUUAUUUGGUUGGGCAUGGACUUUGGGGUGUUGUAUCUGGAAAAGAGCCUGAACCAAGUAAAGAUAAGAAACAAGAACAUGAGGAAUGGAAGAAGAAGAAUGCAUUGGCUUUACAUGCCAUUCAACUUUCAUGUGGACCAGCCACAUAUGCGAAGUUUAAAGAAGCUCACAUUUGUGCACGAGUUGCAUGGAAUCAUUUGGCUGAGAAAAUCAAGCGCCCACACAAGUUCAAAGAGCAUGAUCAUGAAGAGGAAAACCAUGUGGAAGAUGAAGGAACAGUUCGUUCAAAUAGGCAAGUCAUAUAUCUAUACGUUAAUUCAAUAACAUGUCCAGGAGCAAGAGAGUACCUUAAUUAUGGGUACUUGUACAAAGCAAUUGAAGAAGGAAAGUGCCAUUCUAUAAAGAGUUUCCUGGAGCAGGAUCCAAAUGCUGUUAGGGCAAGAGUUUCUUCACAUAGGGACACAGGUCUUCACAUUGCCAUUCUGGUUGGUCAUAUCAAGAUUGCAGAAGAGUUGGUGAAGAAAAUGCAGCCACAAGACUUGGAAUUGAUAAAUGAGUAUGGUGCCACAGCACUUUCUCUAGCUGCAAUAAGUGGUGCAACAAAGUUGGCAAAGGCAAUAGUAGAAAAAAAUCCUAAGCUAGUUAGCAUGGAAAAUGACCAUGAUGAUGGACAGCUCCCUGUCAUCGUCGCUGCUUUGUAUGGUCAAAAGCGUAUGGUUCGAUACCUAUACAAGGUGACCUCAAAGGACGAGCUUCAGGGUGAGAGGGGUGCUACAUUGCUCAAUUGUUUGAUUACAGCUGAAAUUUUUGGUAAGACUGUACGCAAAGAGACCUAUAAUAUUAUUUGUUUUUGGAUUGCUGCAGAUGUUGCCUCAAUGUUGCUGAAACGAUAUCCGCAUCUUGGUGUCACCCCAGAUCAUAAUGGCGACUACACCCUCAGAAUAUUGGCUCACAAGCCUUCUGCAUUUCCUAGUGGAACAAAACUUGUCCUCUGGAAAAAGUGGAUCUACUCCUGUGAGUAUAUACUUCUACUAAUUGCAAAUUUAUAUACCAAUCAUCCUUGUGUAAUGGUGCAUUCUCCUUGGGAGAGUCCAAGAGGUUCCCAAACUUAUCAUGAAGAUGACAGCAUUGGAAGUCACAGGUCAAGUGUGAUGGAUUUCCACAACAUUGACAUUCCAGAUUCGAGUGAUGGGGAUCUGAGAUUGCAUGAAGGCCAUUCCAUUCGUCACUGUGUCCCAGAUAUUAAGCAUAUACAUGACAGGAAAUUGGUUCAUGAUGAAGCAGUUAAACUCCUGAGCUGUAUAUUUAAGGAAAUCAGACACAUGAGCAAGUCACAACUUGAAAAGAUGGAGAUAGACAAAGUUCUAUAUGAAGCUAUCAAGCAUGGAAUUGUUGAGUUUGUCGUAGAAAUUCUCAAAUUUACCCCAGAAAUUAUAUGGAGAAAAGACAAAAAGGGAAGAACAAUUUUUGCACAUGCAAUUGUGCUUCGCCAAGAGAAAAUUUUCAGUCUCAUAUAUGGUUUGGGAACACAAAGAUGUAUAAUGGCACGUCGACAUGAUGUAUUUGGGAACAAUUAUUUGCACUUAGCAGCAAAAUUGUCCCCUCAAUCCCAACUUGACCGGGUCUCGGGAGCAGCUCUACAAAUGCAGAGGGAACUACAAUGGUUUAAGGAAGUAGAAAGUAUUGUACAGCCAAAGCUGAAGGAAGACAUGAAUGAUAACAAGAAAACCCCAUCCGCAUUAUUCACUGACGAGCAUAAGGUGCUGGCCAGGGAGGGGGAGAGAUGGAUGAAAAAUACUGCAGGAUCAAGUAUGAUUGUGGGCACUCUAAUCUCUGCGGUCAUGUUUACUACAGCGUUCACUAUUCCAGGCGGUAAUAGCCAAUCAGGCCUCCCAAUCUUGCUGGAAACUCAAACAAAGGCUUUCUUGAUAUUCAUGAUUUCAAAUGCACUAUCCAUGUUCACAUCUUCCACUUCAAUACUGAUGUUCUUAGGCAUUCUUACAGCACGAUAUGCCGAAGAAGACUUUCUCAAGUCCUUACCUACAAAACUAGUAAUCGGGCUCGCAUGCCUAUUCUUUUCCAUAGUCACCAUGAUGGUAUCUUUUGGUGCUGCUAUAUAUCUGAUGUUGAACGAACAGCUAACUUGGGUUUUCUAUCCCAUUGUUGCUCUCUCCACUGUUCCAGUUGCAUUUUUCUCAUUGUUGCAAUUCCCUCUCCUUGUUGAGAUGAUUAAUCGCACCUAUGGAUCGGGCAUCUUUGGCAAUUCCAAGAGAAAACUCUCAUGGUGUGGUUUAUGAGUUUUACAACGGGUGUUUGGACUCCGGACAUCCUCUAUCUCACUUUCUGUACCAAUUUCUAUCCGACUUUAUCACUACUUGUUAAAUAGAAGAUCCCGAGUUGAGCUCAUGUUUUAGGUGGACAUCAAGCUUAAAAGCUUAUAUUCAAUUGAUCUCUAUAAUG